UUAAUGAGAAUUCAUUUAACAAAAGUGGUAUAAUACUGAAAUGAACAAAUGAAAUAGAACAGCAAAAGAAUUGAUUAUAUAGAGAUAAAUACAGAAAACAUUUUUAAGCAAACCUAAAUGUGUUAAAAUGUUUCGGUGAGAACAUCACGCAUUUCUUACGUGUAUCGAACAAUUUGUUCUUGAUGUUAAUGUUUGCAACACAAUUUCACUACAUAUUAUUAUACAACAGUAUCGUUAACGCAUUAAUUAUUAUUUAUGUUGCCACAAUAGUGACGUGGCUGAUGGUUGGCAUAACGUUCAUUUUUAGGUUUUUAUUGUAAAGCAGUUCUUACAGACAUUCGUUUCUAAUAAACAACAUAAAUCUCUACCGUUGAUUGUAAAAUCAUAGCGAACUCGGAUUUUUCCAUUUAAUUAAAAAGAUCCAAUACGAUUUUUAUUGUUAUUGUUACAUGACGUUGUCUAAACAGUUCUCUAGAUGUUAAAGUGAAACCGAUGUUCUUUCUUGUUCAUGUAUUUCCUGAAACAGUUUACUGUCAUCAUUAAGUACUGUCACUGUAAUUUCAAUGAAUUUAUUGUUGAUUGUAUUUAUAAUCCAAAUCACUAAGUUACAAGUUCAUUCUCAACAACAGCAGUAUCCUCAAAAUUUUCAACACCUGUUUGGGAGUAAGACAACAAAAUUAUUCAACCCAAACUAUGGCUACGAGCCUUACUGGGCGGAUGGAUCCUGGGUGUUCCAGAACAAGGAGCUUCCACCUGGAGUAACGACAACCCAGGUUCCUAUGGUCUGUGGUGAAGAGUGUAUCGAUAUUUACACUAGUAUAGGAGAAGUGUGUGCUCGUAGAGUUGAUAUUCUUCAUUAUCACGGCUGCACACCGACCGUGUUCGCCUGGUACUGUUCCGGUGCAGAAAUAGACGAACAGUCAGAGGGAUACCGCACCUUCCCGACUUACUGCAGGUUCCUCGAUGCACAAUGCCACUCGGAAUUAGACUACAAAUGGAUCCUGGUUCACCGAGGAGAAUGCGUCACGCCGCAGAUCCACCUUUUCAAACCGCUCGCUUGGCGUGAACAUCCUAUCAGUAGAGCGGAAUUCGACCUGACGUCCUUAGCAUCGCUGUUUGACAAUUACACUAUUAAACAUACAAUUUUAGAGGAUGGCUAGCUCAAAGGCCUACAUUGGAUCAUUUGGUGAAAUAUGCAAUAAAAUAUAGUUAAAAAAAUUUAUAAA